AUGGCCGACACUUUUCACCACGAGGGGGCGCUUGCUGCGACCGCGCCUCGACCGGUUCGUAAGAAGUUCGCCAAACCCCCCGUCAAAGUCGCCUGUUUGCCUUGUCGCGCUUCUAGAACACGAUGUGGUGGCCAGGAGCCUUGCUGUUCUAAUUGUCUCGCCAAAGGCCGCAAAUGCGGCUACCUGCCCAGCAAAAGAGGUGGGCCACGCAAAAAGAAGCAGAAGCUGUCGCCAUCGCCCUCGCCGGACGAGGAACUUCCACAUGAUGGACCCUAUGUGGACGUAUCCUCGGCGGACCUUGAAGAGUCCCCGGGCAUGUUUACCCAAAUCGAUGUCCUCUCUCUGCCAGGCGCAGGGUUGCGUCAUCUAGAUUUCCCGCAAGUGGCCUCUUUGUUCCAGGGCUACUUCACGGGCGAUGAUAGCACAUCUCAUGUUCAUAUGGGCCCGAUUUCAUCCCCGUUGAGUACCACCCAGUGUCUGGUGAGAACCUACGGCAGUGAACCAGAAAUAUUGAAUGCCUAUUAUGAUUUCAUUCAUUGCUACUUUCCCAUUCUACCGCCGCGCGCAUCGCCGCAAUGUCAGGAUCGCCCGCUGCAGUUCAACAUAUCUUCCUCCAAUUCGUCGCCAGAGCCACUUAUGAUGUAUAAGCCUCGCUCGCCAUUGAGCAUGGCCAUUUCUGCGAUCCUUGCUCUUAUCCCCCAUCCUCGGGACCCAGAGCCAUCUUCUCCCGCGUCAGUCCUUCAACGCCGGACCUAUGCGCAUGCUUUCGCGCAACUCGCAAACUCAAUCAUCGAGGAGGAAUGUGAUCUUGAGCUCUCGUCAACUGACCCAGGCCAAGCGUUGUCCACCGCACGUCCUUCUGUCGACCGUGAGAGAUUACACCCUCGGACCCCCGAAGAUCUAGAAACGGUUCUUGCCCUACUUAUUCUCUCGGUGUAUGAGUAUUCACAGCGAGGAAACAUGUUAAAGAUGAGGUACCGUGCUGGUCAAGCUUUAGCACUUGCUCUAGACAAGUCACUCCAUUGCUCCGUGGAGGACAAUGGGUUUUCUGAAGCACGCCGGAGAGCAUGGUGGAUGACAUACUACUGUGUCAUUCAAGGGUCCAUCGUCAGUACGACUCCACCCACGAUAGUCAUCAAUGAUCCUCAAUUCUCAACGCCAUACCCUCGGUUUGCUGCUGAUGCCGAAGGAUGGUCCAUCUUAAUGCAAGCCCAGCAAGUGUUGGUAUCGGCAACUUCAUUCAUUGUUGACCUCAACAAGUCUCUAUAUUCCCAAUCGGGCAUGCACUACAUGUAUGAAAGGAUGCAACAGCUUGACUCAUGGACCACAUCUGUUCUCGCCCAGAUGGACAUGUUGCCCAUAAUCUCUCCAGAGUCAGACUUUGGCGACGGCCGCGAAACAGUUACCGCCCAGAGUAUUCGAUCAAUAUCAAGAAUCAAACUCUCCAGUGCACAAAUCAAGACUCACCGAUUGCGAGCUUUCUCCGACAUCCCCAUCUUCAUCAAACGACACUGCGAUUUAACCGCCGCCGAUCCAAGCAACCCACCUCGCGAGGUGAAAAACUCACCAUCGCACCAAGGAAAUGGAAUGAACAGCGUCGGCUGUUCUUGCAGCAACCUCGACCAAUUCCAACGUGCCUCUUCGGCAGAAUACAUGACCCCAUCUGACUCCUCCACCUCGUCCGACAUCCACCCCUCCAUCCCACAGUACCCUCAAUUCCCCUUCGCAACAGGGUUCCCAUAUAGCCCUCAACACUCCGCAAAAAUAUGCCUCCGGGCCGCUUUGACUAUCUCUAGCAUGUUCGAGGGCCUUCCUUACCCGCAACCUUUAACAGAGGCUCGUCAACAAGAGCACGAGUUGAAUCGCCCACUUCCUCGCACAAUGCCUUCUUUCGCCUGCUGUCUAAUGCAAAGUAGCUACGCUAUGUUCAUGAUAUUCUACAAAGCUCGCGUAUCAAAGCAAAUAUCGCCAGAUUCGGAAAGUGAAAUCGCGGCCGAAUCAACCGACCAGCUUGUCAAGGAGUUACGGAAUGGUCUUGAGCGGAUCAUCUUGGCUGUAUCAAAUUACUCACAUGCUUUUGAGGCGUUAGAUGGGAUGAGAGAUGAAAUACAAGGUGCAUAUCAAACGGCGUUCCCCCACGCUUCCAUUUAA